CUAGUCUCAGGGCGAAGGUCCCCUUGCUGGCUGAAUGGAGAGGCGUUGAUGCUGCCUGCUUACUUCUGCCAGGCUGUCCCUAAUCUUAGCUGAAGCGCUUUGGAGUCUGCUGAACGGCACUGGAGAACCGACUUUAGAAAAUGAAACUGAAGAGUGUGGUGGUCACGUGACAGAGGCUGAAGUUUAUAUUGUGCUGCCGGCUAGCCUCUCUUUCCUGCAGGGCUGCGGAUAACAGCAUGGAGUGUCCGCGGUGCCAGCAUGUGUCCCAAGAGAACGCACCCAAGUUCUGUAGCGAGUGUGGACAGAAACUGCCUCCUGCAACCCCCGUGCAAGAUUCUGAGAACAACAAUGCCUUCCUGGUGGCAUCAAGCUCAGAGGAGAAGACUGAUCUGGGACAAGUGUUGACAGAGGAGGAGGUCCCAGGCUCCAGUAAGGAACUGGAAACCCCAGAGGAGUCUGAGUCUGAUGCCUCCUGGACCAUCCAAAUGGAAGUGGACCCAGAGGUUUUUGUAGAUGCUUCAGAGGACACAGCUGGUGGCCCCGAAGGUGCUCAGUGCCCUCCCAGCAAGAAGAAGAAGAAGGAGACAGCCGGGUUUGAGGUCAUGGAUGCUGAGCAGAGUAAAAAGGAGAAGAGAAGGAGGAAGAGCCAGAUCACCAACUCUUCCUCAGAGGCAGGUUCCUUGUCUCCCACUUCUGGCCUCUGGAGUCUGGAUACACCUUCAAGCCUUGGAUCCCAGGACUCGGCCUUGCCCCAGAACCAAGCCCAGCAGCAGGGUGGUGUGGGCAGCCAGCCCGGCCAGUCACUGGCCACACUGCAUAUGCCGAUGGAGGAGGGUGGGUCUGUGCUUGCUGAAGGCAACAGCUCCCCUCUGCAGGGUCACACUGUGAAAGGCACAGAUAGUGGCCCACAAGGAGGGGCUCAGAGGGACCCUGUCCCCAGUAACCACACAGGAGUUAAGGACCUCAACACCUCUAAGCCCUCAGUGGACAAGGGCCUGCCCCCAGAGGGGGACUGUGGCCCAGCCCUUUCUGCCUCCAAAGGCCCCUGUAAGGAUACUGAUGCAUCCCAGAGGGCCCCAUUACCUGAAUCUAAGGGGGAGAAGUCUGAGCACAAGGAAGAGGUGUCCCUGACUGCAGAGCUGGCUGCCUCAGAGCCAAUUGAUGCGACAGCCAAGGCAGCGAAGCCAGAGAGGACGGAUGGGAAAGAAACAAGAGACAAUGCUCAGAAACAGAAGCUGUCCCCUGUGAGUCCUGCUCCCUCCAAGCACCAACACCAGGAAGCUGAACUCAAAGGCAGGUUGACUGACACUGGGAAGAACACCCAGCCGGAAGACCAGAAGAAGCCAGAAGAGAACAGAAAUUAUGCGGCAGCUUUGAAAAACAAAAAGGAGGAGAGAAACCAGAAGGCUGCUGCACCAGAGGCUACAAGGAGAACACUUAGCCCAGGGGAUGGAGUCACCGUGUACUUCCACGCCAUUGUCUCCCGUGACUUCGCAUUCAACCCUGACAACCACAGAGUGUGUGUCAGAGGGGGAGAGGGCCUCGGGAGGAAAGCCUGGUCUGAUGCUUGCGAGAUGAACUACACCAAAGACCUAAAUGAGCUCGGGUCUCUCGUCGAGGGCAGCAUGGUCAUUCCCAGGCAGAGCCUGGACAAGCCCAUCCCUUACAAGUAUGUCAUUCACCGUGGUGGUAGUGGUAGCAAGGAUACCGCUGAGUAUGAAUUCAUCUAUGAGCAGCCACAGAAGAAAGGGGAGCAUGUGAACCGCAGCCUGUUGGUGGAGUCUGCACUCUUGGAGACCAGAGACUGGCAUCAGUAUGAUGACAUAAUCUGCAUGAAGCCUCCUGGGAAGUUCCAGAGAGUUUGGAAUACUUUCACUGAUGGCACGAGAAGGGACCUGGUGAAAGGAAAGAAGAAUGCCGCUGUGGUCAUGCUGGGCCGCAUCUUCAGUGUCCUCCAGCCCUGGAGCGCCGUCAACCUGCAGAGUUUUAUGACCCAGUUCAAGCAGUUUUAUUCUGUGGUCCGAGUGCCUAAGGUCCACGAAGGCCAGGCAAGGACAUGGUCCAGUCUGCAGUACGAGGAGAAAGAGGUGAGGAUGAACCUGUGGGAGCACGUGAGGAAACAGAUGCAACCCUUCCUGGAAGGGAAGAGUGGGGACGCCCUGCCUGCCGACUGCCCUGUGGGGAGUAAACUGAAGCUGGGCCUGACCGUCCUUUUCAUGAUGGAAGCAGUUGACUUUGUUGUCUCUAAAAAUGACCUGGUCUGGCUGUGCUACCUCCUCACCCCUAGUGCUGGCUCGCUGGACGCCCUUCUCAGCGACCUGAGUCCCAUCGUCAGCAAACCCCAGAAGUGGUGUGUGUACUUGAUCGGCCUCUGCCACAGGUGCAUAACUGAUGGGGUUGAACGCUGGCUGGGCACUUUACCUGUCCUGCACCACUGCACGCAGCAGCUGUCUCCACCCAGGAAGGACUCGAAGAGCCUGCCCGAGGACACCUGGGCAGGCCUUGAAGGAAUCUCUUUUGCACAUUUUCGGGACAAAGAACUCACUAAGUGUGAUGUCCUCAAGUUCAUGAAGCCUAGGAUGGACCUGCUAUACUUGGACGAGCACCUCUUCCGCUCCUGGUUCAGUGUGGUCCCUCUGGAAAACCUGACUUCCUACUUGGAAAACUCCAUGGAGUACUUGAGUCAUGUGCCUGCUCGCGUCCUGGAUUGCUUUCAAGGGGUUUCAUACCGGCUUCGGGGGCUGGGGAAGGUCUCCCAGCAAAACACAGAGGAUAUCGAGUGCGUGUUUAAGAUGUUGAUUCACCUUGUGGACAUAUAUCAGGACACGAUACUUGAGGAGACCCUGUUACAGAUAUACUUAACUGAGUGUCUGACCCUCCACGAAACUGUCUGUAAACUGACAUCUGACAGAAAGUUCUACGAGAUUCCUGCCCUGUCAGCUGAGCUUGUCUGCAAAAUGAUUAAGCUCAAACCUCCAGGGGGUACCACAGAGGGGUCGGUUGCUAAAGAUAAUGAAGACUUGGUGACAAACAUCUUUCAGGAGGCCCUGAGUACCACAAGACACUGGCUGCGCAGACUGUUUAAAAACAACAUGUUCUUUACCAGCAUAGCCACUGUCCGCUUUACCUAUCCUGAGGAGAUGGCGAUGUGGCGACGGCUGGUAGAAAUCGACUUCCCGGGGGAGUACGGCUGGAAGGGAUCACUGCUGGGAGACAUGGAAGGGAGGCUCAAGCAGGAGCAGCCUCGUGUGCAGAUCUCUGUCUUCUGCAGCAGUCAGUGGCGUGAUGGCGGACUCCAUGACAGUGUGGCCAGGAGCUUUGAGAAGUGUGUCAUUGAAGCCGUGAGCUCAGCUUGCCAGUCUCAGACAAGUGUCCUUGAGGGGCUCUCCUGUCAGGAUUUACAGAAAUUUGGUACUCUCCUGUCCGCUGUGAUAACCAAGUCCUGGCCAAUGCACCAUGGGAAGGCUGUGGACGGUGUGAAUGAGAUCUUCAAAUACCUACUCACAUGGCCAGACGUGAAGCAACUCUUCAGACUGUGUGGAACCAACGAGAAAAUCUUAGACAACAUAACGGAGGAAGGCAGGCAGCUGAUGGCCAUGGCUGAGUCUGUGUUCCAGAAGGUUGCAGAGGAACUGGAGAAUGGUACCAUCGUGGUUGGACAGCUGGAGUUGAUCCUUGAGCACAGGACUCAGUUUGUUGACAUCUGGGGCUUAAGUAGAAUACAGCUGCCACUCCAGGAGAGGGCCUGUGAUUUGAAGGACUUGCUGACCAGGAGAAAGGAUGACCUGCGGUUCCUCAAGCGAGAGAAGAGAUACGUGGAGAGCCUCCUGAGGCAGUUUGGGAGAGUGAAACACCUCGUGGAAGUGGAGUUGGGAGAUAUUGAAGCAAUACACUCUCAAGAUCUCAGCAAGAAGAAACUCAAUGAAGCCUUGAUAAAGCCACCUGGAUCCUCACCCCACAAAAGAAUGACACAUUACUGCCUGAGCCCAGAGAUCCGAGAAAUUGCAAGCAAGCUAGACUUGCUGAAAGACAGCCACAUCUUCCAAGUCUUCUGGCAAGAGGAGGCAGAGUUGCUUAGUACUCAGUAUCAGGAUGGCAGAGAGUUGAAGUUACAGCUCCUAGACGCCUGCAACUACCUGUACUACCCCUGCUACAAGAAAUUCUACAGUCUCUAUGAGAAUGUGAAGUCAGGAGAGAUCACCUUUGCUGAAGUUGAUGUCGUCUUCAGGGACUUUGUAGAUAAAUAUGAUGACCUGACUGCCGAUCUAAAGUUCAUGUGUGCUAUGGAUCCCCAGGACCAAAAGGGUUGGAUCUUAAAGCGUGUCGGGCAGAUCAAAGAAUACCACAGCCUGCACCAGGCCGUCAGCUCUGCCAAGGUCAUCGUUCAGGUCCAAAGCACUUUGGGAGUGACUGGUGACUUCAGUGUUCUUGACACAUUGUUAAACUUCGCGGAUUCCUUUGAGGAUUUUAGUCAUGAAAAUCUGAAGCAGAUCAGCCAAGAGUUCAUCCAGGCCAAGAAGCUGCUCCAAGACAUCACUGAGCCCCGCCACCGCUGCCUGGAGGAACUCUCUAGGCAGAAGGAACUUGUGGACUGGUUGCAUGAGGCCCUGGAAGACAUCAAUGAGCUCAAGGUGUUUGUGGACCUGGCCUCCAUCUCUGCGGGGGAGAAUGACAUCGACGUGGACCGGGUGGCCUGUUUCCAUGACGCCGUGCAGGGCUAUGCUUCCCUGCUGUACAAGAUGGACUCGGGCACAGACUUCUAUGGGUUCAUGGAUCAUCUGCAGGAACUCUGGAGGGCCCUGGACAAUGACCAGCACCUGCCCAGCAAGCUGCAAGAUUCCGCCAGGAAUCUGGAAUGGCUGAAGACAGUGAAGGAGAGCCAUGGGUCUGUGGAACUCUCGUCCCUGUCCCUGGCCACAGCUAUCAACAACAAGGGCAUCUAUGUUAUUCAGGCACCCAAAGGUGGUCAGAAGGUUUCCCCAGACACGGUUCUACACCUCCUCCUUCCUGAGGGCCAUGGUGCCCAGGAGGCUCAGCGUACCUACUCCACAGAAGAGCUGAAGGAGCUUCUGAAUAAGCUUAUGCUAAUGUCUGGCAAGAAAGACCACAACAGCAACCUAGAAGUAGAGAAGUUUUCAGAGGUCUUCAGCAGCAUGCUGAGGCUUGUACAUGCCUUUAUAAACCUGCACUGUGCGGGCAACAUGCUCUUCAGGACUUGGACUGCUGAGGUCUACUGUCGCCCCAGAUCGGGUGUCUCCAUCCGCAUGGACUUUGGCUUGGAGCUGGUGAACACGUUGGCAGAGAGUGGUGAUGUCAUCGAGCUCCUGGGAGCCCUCUGCAGGCAGAUGGAGAACUUCUUAGAUGACUGGAAAACAGUAGUCACCCAGAAGAGAGCCAAACACUUUUACCUCAACUUCUACACAGCUGAGCAGCUUGUCUACCUGAGCAGUGAGCUCAUGAAAUGUAGACCCAGUGAAGCUGCCCUCAUGAUGCUGUCUUUCAUCAAAGGCAAUUGCACCGUACGUGAUAUCUUAGAAGCCACCAGUUCCCAUGAAAGCAAGGCUGCCAGACAAUGCCAGAUGAAGGCUGUGAAACACCUGUCUCAGCAGCUACGUUCUGAGUCCAGCUUAAUGGGCAAGCUUCGGGUUAUUAUGGAGCAAUCCACAGUGUGCAUGAGUGCCUUCCUGCCAGACUGCCUGGACCUGGAUGCCCUGGGUACAUGUCUGGCUCAUCUGGCCACACUGGGUGACUCUCCUGUGGAGCGGCCACUCCCCAAAGGCCUGCAGGUUGGCCAGCCCAACCUGGUACUGUGUGGCCACUCUGAGGUACUGUCGGCUGCACUGGCCAUCUAUAUGCAGGACCCCAGACAGCCUCUGCCCACCUUUGAUGAGGUGUUGCUCUGCACCCCAGGGACCACAGUUGAGGAGGUGGAACUACUCCUAAGACGCUGCCUCACCCCAGGGUCCCAGGAACACAAGAUCUACAGCUUGCUGUUCGCAGACCAGCUGAGCUAUGAAGUGGGCUGCCGGGCAGAGGACCUCUUCCAGACCCUGGGCACACAGCGCCACCUUGAAGACUACCAGUUGGUGAUAAUCUGUGAUGCUGCUCGGGAGCACUGCUACCUACCCUCCACCUUCAGCCAGCACAAAGUCCCCCUGGUCCCCCAGGCCCCACUGCCAGACAUCCAGGCCUACCUGGAGAAACAUUAUCAGGUCCCGAAGCAGACCCCAUCAGCAGCGGCUGUAUUCAGAGACCGGAUGUGUGUUGGGAUCGUGACCUCUGAAAGAGCUGGUGUUGGGAAGUCACUCUACGUGAACAGAUUGCACGAGAACCUGAAGAUGAAGCUAAAGGAUGACAAGGUGCCUUUAAAAGUCAUUCGGCUGACAGAUCCUCACGUGGACGAGAGCCGAGUCCUGCGCUCCCUCCUGCCAUUCCUGAAGGGGCCUUAUCAGAAGACGCCUAUGAUAGUCCACAUUGAUGUGAGCACUUCAGUACGGACUGGGAUUCCUGUCUUUCUUUUCAAACUCCUCAUUCUCCAGUACCUAAUGGAUAUAAAUGGGAAAAUGUGGCUUCGGAACCCGUGUCAUUUAUAUAUUGUUGAAAUCUCUCAAGAGCCCUCGGUACAGCCGAUGAUGAGGUCUUCUAGAUUGAAUGCACGUGAGCCUCUAUUCAAGUUUCUUGAUAUUUUCCCCAAAGUCAUGUGCCGUCCCCCCAAGGAAGUGAUCGACAUGGAGCUGACUCCCGAGGGGAGCCACAGAGAACCUGGAAUGGACCCCAUGGAGUUCAUCAGUGAAGCUUUCCAAAGACCAUACCAAUAUUUAAGACGGUUCCACCAAAACCAGAACCUGGACACAUUUCAGUACAAAGAAGGCUCUGUGGAAGGCUCUCCUGAGGAGUGCCUGCAGCACUUCUUGAUUUACUGUGGUGUGGUAGAUCCUUCCUGGGCGGAGCUUCGGAACUUCGCUUGGUUUCUGAACUGUCAGCUCAAGGACUGUGAGGCUUCUGUCUUCUGCAACUCAGCUUUUACUGGAGACACACUCAGGGGCUUCAAGAACUUUGUGGUAACCUUCAUGAUCUUAAUGGCGAGAGAUUUUGCCACUCCAUCUCUUCACACUUCAGACCAAAGCCCGGGUAAUCACCUGGUCACCAUGGAUGGAGUUGCUGAAGAAGACCUAGCUCCCUUCUCUCUUCGAAAGAGGUGGGAGUCAGAGCCCCAUCCGUACGUUUUCUUUAAUGGUGACCGCAUGACCAUGACAUUCAUAGGUUUUCACUUGCAGCCUAACAACAAUGGCUAUGUGAAUGCCAUCAAUCCCUCGAAUGGGAAGGUCAUCAAGAGGAAUGUCAUGACAAAGGAACUGUUUGAUGGGCUGAAGCUUCAGAGAGUACCCUUCAAUAUCGACUUUGAUGAUUUGCCCAGAUAUGAGAAACUUGAAAGACUCUGUCUGGCACUAGGGAUUGAGUGGCCCAUUGACCCCGAUGAAACGUACGAACUUACAACAGACAAUAUGCUUAAGAUCCUGGCCAUUGAGAUGAGAUUCCGGUGUGGGAUACCAGUGAUCGUCAUGGGCGAGACAGGUUGUGGGAAAACCAGGCUCAUCAAGUUCCUUAGUGACCUCAAGCGUGGUAGUGUUGAGGCAGAAACUAUGAAGUUGGUGAAGGUGCAUGGAGGGACGACUCCAUCCAUGAUCUACUCCAGGGUCAAGGAUGCUGAGAGGACAGCCUUCUGCAAUAUGGUCCAACACAAUUUGGAUACCAUCUUGUUCUUUGACGAAGCCAACACAACAGAAGCUGUAAGCUGUAUCAAAGAGGUCCUGUGUGACGGAACCGCAGAUGGUGAGUGCCUGCACAAGAGCUCUGGCCUGCAUAUCAUUGCUGCUUGCAACCCUUACCGGAAACACUCCCAGGAGAUGAUCCUCCGCCUGGAGUCAGCCGGCUUGGGAUACAGGGUGAGUGCGGACGAGACUGCGGACAGGCUGGGCUCCAUCCCCUUGCGGCAGCUGGUGUACCGCGUCCAUGCUCUGCCCCCGAGCCUCAUCCCUUUGGUGUGGGACUUUGGACAGCUGAACGACGCCGCGGAAAACCUGUACAUCCAGCAGAUCGUCCAGAGACUGGUGGACUCCCACGCUGUGGCUGACAGUCAAGCUGGAGUGAUUGUGAGUGUGCUCUCCGCCUCCCAGAGGUUCAUGAGGAAGAGGGAGAACGAGUGUGGUUUCGUCAGCCUCCGGGACGUGGAGCGCUGCGUGAGCGUUUUCAGGUGGUUUCACGACCACAGUGAGAUGCUCUUAAAGCAGCUGGAUGGUUUCCUCCAGGAAUCCAGUAGUGACAGCAGACAUACUUUUGAGAGAGAUCCUGUUCUCUGGUCCCUGGUAAUGGCCACUGGGGUGUGUUACCAUGCCUCUUUGCAAGAGAAAGCGCCCUACCGCAAAGCCAUCGGCAGGUAUUUCCCAGAGCCUUACAACGACAGCAAUGCCAUUCUUGAGGAGAUCACUCAUGCACAAGAUCUUUUUCUGAGGGGGGCACCCAUCAGGACAAACAUAGCCAGGAACUUGGCUUUGAAGGAGAAUGUCUUCAUGAUGGUAAUCUGCAUUGAGCUUAAGAUCCCCCUUUUCCUGGUGGGCAAGCCCGGCAGCUCCAAAUCCCUUGCCAAGACCAUUGUAGCCGAUGCCAUGCAAGGGCAGUCUGCCUUCUCUGAUCUCUUCCGCUGCCUGAAGCAGGUCCACCUGGUGUCUUUCCAGUGCAGCCCCCAUUCCACUCCGCAAGGGAUCAUCGGCACCUUCAGACAGUGCGCUCGCUUCCAGCAGGGCAAAGACCUCCAGCAGUAUGUGUCUGUGGUGGUGCUGGAUGAGGUGGGACUGGCAGAAGACUCACCCAAAAUGCCCCUAAAGACUCUGCACCCCCUGCUGGAGGAUGGCUGCAUUGAGGAUGACCCUGCCCCAUACAAAAAAGUUGGCUUUGUUGGCAUUUCCAACUGGGCUCUGGAUCCUGCCAAAAUGAACCGAGGCAUUUUCGUGUCCCGUGGCAGUCCCAACGAGAAAGAGCUCAUAGAGAGUGCCGAGGGGAUCUGCUCUUCGGACAGGCUGGUUCAGGACAGAAUCCGAGGGUAUUUUGCACCCUUUGCCAAGGCCUAUGAAAGAGUGUGUCAGAUCCAGGACAAGGAAUUCUUUGGGCUUCGUGACUAUUAUAGCCUCAUCAAGAUGGUCUUUGCCAAAGCCAAAGCUUCAAAUCAGAGCCUUUCUCCACAAGACAUCGCUCACGCUGUCCUUCGGAACUUCAGUGGCAAAGACAACAUCCAGGCACUGGACAUCUUUACAGCCGGCCUUCCUGAGUCUAGGCACAAGGAAGAGGUCAGCACUGUGGAGCUGAUCAAGCAGAACAUUUACAGUGGUCUGCAGGCCUCCAGCAGGGGACUGGACAGUGUGGAGUCCCGUUAUUUGCUCGUGCUGACCAGCAACUAUGUGGCCCUGCAAAUCUUACAGCAGACAUUCUUUGGUGAGGGUCAGCAACCUGAGAUCAUUUUCGGCUCCAGCUUUCCCCAGGACCAGGAAUACACCCAGAUCUGCAGGAACAUCAAUCGGGUGAAGAUCUGCAUGGAGACGGGGAAGAUGGUGGUGCUGCUGAACCUGCAGAACCUGUACGAGAGCCUGUACGAUGCUCUCAACCAGUACUAUGUCUACCUGGGGGGCCAGAAGUACGUGGACCUGGGACUAGGUACCCAUCGAGUCAAAUGUCGCGUCCACCCGGACUUCCGCCUCAUCGUCAUUGAAGAGAAAGAUGUGGUGUACAGACAGUUCCCUGUGCCCCUCAUCAACCGGCUGGAGAAGCACUACCUGGACAUCAACACCAUGCUGGAGGGGUGGCAGAAGGGCAUUGUGAGUGAGCUGCAGCAGUGGGCCUGUGAAUUUGCAGAUACGAAAGCAGACCAGCUCAUUGCCAGGCACAAGUACAGCCCAGCAGACGUCUUCAUUGGCUACCACUCUGACGCCUGUGCCUCUGUGGUGCUGCAGGCUGUGGAGAGGCAGGGCCCCAGGGACCUGACUGAAGAGCUAUACCGCAAGGUGUCUGAAGAGGCCAAGUUCAUCCUGCUGGAGUGUGCGACAGCUGACGCUGUGGUCCGGCUGAGUGGUUCCUCUCUGGGCUCCUUCACUGCAGAGCAACUGUCAAAGGAGUAUUACCACAGCCAGCAGCACAACUCCUUCGCAGACUUCCUGCAGGCCCACCUGCGCACGGCCCAUCUGCAGUGCCAGGCUGUCUUCACAGAGAUCACCACUUUCUCCAGACUGCUCACCAGCAGUGACUGUGAAGUCUUAGAAUCGGAGCUGAGAGGGUUGGCCUCAAAGAUCAUGGUCCUAUCACUGCAGCAAUUUGACACUGAAUAUUCCUUCCUUAAAGAAGUCCGUUGCUGCUUAAUGAACCCAGCCAGGUGUAAAAUCUUAGUCAUCCAGACAGACUUCGAUGACGGUGUUCACAGCGCCCAGCUGGUAGCUUCUGCCAAGUAUUCUGCCAUCAAUGAAAUCAACAAAACACGAGGAACAAAGGACUUUGUCUUUGUUUAUUUUAUUACAAAGCUUUCCCGAAUGGGAAGUGGCACCUCGUACGUGGGGUUCCAUGGAGGCCUGUGGCGUUCUGUGCAUAUUGAUGACCUCCACAGAUCUACAAUCAUGGCCUCAGAUGUCACUAAACUGCAGAAUGUCACCAUCAGCCAGCUGUUCAAGCCAGGGGACAAACCCAAGUCAGAUGACUCAGAGGAGGCGAUGGAGACAGAGACCAUCGAGUCAGGGGAAAUGGCAGAGGAAAAAAUGGAAACAGAAUGCCCAGAGGAAAUGGAGAUGGCCUCUGACCCAGGAGGCUGUGAGGUCCUAGACACCACCAGACUGCUGCGGAGCUGUGUGCAGAGCGCAGUGGGGAUGCUCAGAGACCAGGAUGAGGGUUGUGCACGCAACAUGAGGAGAGUCACCAUUCUUCUUGGCCUCUUAAAUGAAGACAACAUGCGCAAUGCCUCCUUUCUGUGGGAAUCCAAGAUGCGCCUCCAUGUUCUCCUAAAGAAGCAAGAAGAGAACCAGGUCUGCAGUCUAAAGGCGUGGGUCGCCAGGGAGGCUGCUAAUCAGGAUGCCCUCCAGGAGGCAGGCACCUUCAGGCACACCCUUUGGAAGCGGGUCCAAGGUGUGGUCACCCCCUUCCUGGCAAGCAUGAUAUCUUACAUGGACAGAGAUGGCAACCUGGAGCUACUGGCCCAGCCAGAUUCACCAGCCUGGGCCCAAGAUCUUUGGAUGUUUAUUUUCAGAGACAUUAAGUUCCUGAACAUCCCUCUUGUGGUUACUGACACCAGGUCCCAAAACGAGAUGCCCUCCAUCGUGGUACAGAGCCCCAUGAACUUGCUCAAGGAUGCCUGCAAUGCUGUCCCUUUCAGCUGGAGGAUCAGGGACUACCUGGAGGAGCUCUGGGUGCAGGCACAGUAUAUCACAGACACAGAGGGGUUAUCUAAGAAGUUGGUGGAGAUUUUCCAGAAGACUCCCCUGGGCAGGUUUUUGGCUCAGCUCCCUGUGGCACAGCAGCAGGAUAUCCUGCAGAGAUACUUGAAGGACUUCCUGCUUUUGACCAUGAAAGUGGCUUCACGGGAGGAGUUAAAGUGUCUGCAGAUGGCGCUGUGGUCCUGCCUCCAAGAGCUCCGGGCGGCUUCAGGAGAGCCUGAGGAAGGGCUCUCCUUGCCCUGGGUGCACCUUGCCUACCAUCACUUCAGGACCCGGCUGCAGAACCUCUCCAGAUUGUUGACGAUCCACCCCCAGGUUCUGGAAAGCCUCCAUGAAGCAGCACAGACGCACAGCUUGGCUGCGAGUGAAAUGACACUAGAUGCCUUUGCAGCAGUGGCCUGUGUUGAAGUGCUGAAGGGCAACAUCCUGAAGCCGAGCCCCAGGGCCUGGGUCCACAUGGUGAAGAACCUGUCCAUGCCUCUGGAGCUUGUCUGCUCCAGCGGGUAUUUGCAGGGCUGUGGGAACAAAACCAGGGCCGUCGUCCAGGAGGUCAGAGCCCUGUGGAAUCGCAUUUUCUCCAUUGCACUCUUUGUGGAGCAUGUUCUCCUGGAGACCAACAGCCAGAUUCCUGAGCUGAGUCAGCUGGUAACCACCUCUGUCUUCUUACUUGACAAGUGUCUUCAAGAGAACUCAGACCUCAAGACCUACAGGCCAUUUGUGGCUGUAAUGGAGGUGCUCUGUGAGUGCAAGGACAAAGUCAGCAGGACACUCAGCAGGUUUGGUGUUCAGCCAUGUCACAUCUGCCUGGAAGAUGCACAGGACCCUGUCUGCCUGCCUUGUGAUCACGUAUACUGCCUACGUUGCAUCAAAACCUGGCUCGUCCCAGGGCAAAUGGCAUGCCCCUACUGCUUAACUGACUUGCCAGACAAAUUCUCGCCGACUGUUUCUCAGGAACACAGAAAAGCCAUCGAGAAGCACGCCCAGUUCCGUCACAUGUGUAACAGCUUCUUCGUGGACCUGGUCUCCACCAUGUGCUUCAAGGAUGACACCCCUCCUCAGGAGAGCGUGAUUGACAGCCUGUUGUCCUUACUCUUCAUACAAAAGGAGCUGCUGAGAGAUGCUCCCCAGAAGCACCGUGAACACACAAAGUCUCUGUCUCCAUUUGGUGAUGUUGUUGACAAGACUCCUGUCAUCCGCUCUGUGGUACUAAAACUGCUUCUCAAGUACAGCUUCCAUGAAGUAAAGGAUUACAUCCAGAACUACUUGACCCAGUUAGAGAACAAAGCAUUUCCAAAAGAUGACAAAACAGAACUGUACCUGCUGUUUAUCAACUGCCUGGAGGACUCAGUCCAUGGGAAGACAAGUGCUGGUUGUAGAAGUCACAAGCAGGACCUGGGAGAGGAAGGCCAUUUCCUUAGGACAUAUUCCCCAGGAAGGCUAGGCCAAGAGCCCGCCAGCACAGCUUCAGUGGAGUACCUGCAGGAGGUAGCCAGAGUGCGCCUCUGCCUUGACUUGGCUGCUGACUUCCUCUCAGAGCUCCAGGAAGGCUCAGAACUGGCUGGAGAUAAGCAGUGCUUCCUGAAGCAUGUCGAGCAGUUCUGCACCCGUGUCAAGAAUGAUUGGCACCGUGUGUACCUGGUGAGGAAACUCGCAAGCCAGCGUGGGAUGGAAUUCGUGCAGAGCUUCUCCAGGCAGGGCCAUCCAUGCCAGUGGGUAUUUCCCAGGGGUGUCAUCCAACAGCAGAGGGAUGACAGAAGUCAGAUGGACCGAUAUCUAGUCCAUGGUGAUGAAUACAAGGCUCUUCGUGAUGCAGUGGGCAAAGCUGUGCUUGAGUCUAAGACCCUGGACAUUGGGACUGCUCUGAUGGCCUGCAGAAGCUCCAAAGCCCAGCAGACGGCCUACUUACUGCUGGCCUUGUACAGAGAGGUGGCUUCUUUGUACCGUUCUUGCAAUGCCAACCUCCAUCCAAAACCAGAGCAAUGCAAGGCUAUGCACAAAUUCAUUGAGGAAAGCAAGAUCCUUUCUGUUCCUAACAUUGGACCCUUUGCAAAAUCGCUAGUGGAUGAUGCCCUGCCCCUGCUGCGGACUAGGUCUGCUAACAGCAGCCUGGAAGGAACAGUGACUGAAAUGGCCGUCCAUGCUGCAACCAUAUUCCUGUGUGGACAAAACAAAGUCUUGGGGCCCCUGAGGACCUUGGCCUUCCAUCCGGCCAAGAUGGCAAAUGCUUUUCUUCCAACAAUGCCUGAAGACCUGCUGGUUCAAGCCAGGAGUUGGGCGGGCCUGGAACAUGUCUCCUGGUACAAUUGUCCCAAUGGCCACCCGUGCUCUGUAGGAGAGUGCGGCAUGCCAAUGGAACAGAGCUUCUGUCCGGACUGUCACGCUCAGAUUGGUGGACUCAAUCACAAGCCACACCAGGGCUUCCAUCUUAUCAGAAAUAAUGAGGACAGAACACAGACUGGCCAUGUGUUGGGUGACCUGCAGCCUGGUGGUGUAGAGGUGGCAUCUGAUCGCGGGCUGUCCCCAGUGGUCUUCAUUCUCAGCCGGCUACUCACUCAUUUGGCUAUGCUUGUGGGAGCCACUCAGGAUCCCCAGGCCCUGACCCAUAUCAUUAAGCCGAGGGUCCAGGACCCACAAGGCUUCCUGCAGAAGCACAUCCAGAGAAACCUGGAACAGCUAACCAAGAUGCUGGGCAAGAGUGCCGAUGAGACCACGCACGUGGUGCACCUCAUCCUCAGCAGUUUGCUCAAGGAGCGGCACCCUGUGUUCGGCCAGAGGGUGUCCGAUUUUAACACAGAAUUGUCAACCAAAGGAUCCAGAAACAACUGGGAGAAGCAUUUUGAAGCUCUUCUUCUACCUGAGUUGGAGCGUCUUGACAAAACCUUGCCAGCUGUUAAUGCUCUUAUCAGUCAAGAUGAGCGCAUCAGCUCCAAUCCCGUGGCCAAAAUCAUAUAUGGGGACCCAGCUACCUUCCUGCCUCACUUGCCCCAAAAAAGUGUGGUUCAUUGCUCGAAGAUUUGGAGCUGCAGAAAGAAGAUUACGCUGGAGUACCUGCAGCAUAUUGUGGAUCAGAAAAAUGGCAAAGAGACGGUGCCUGUUCUCUGGUACUUCCUCCAGAAGGAAGCAGAACUAAGGCUGGUGAAAUUCUUGCCCGAGAUCUUGGCCCUGCAAAGAGAUCUAGUGAAACGAUUCCAGAAUGUUUCAGAAGCAGAGUACAGUUCCAUCAGAGGUUUUAUUAACAGUCACCAUUCAGAUGGGCUGAGAAAGCAGUUGCAUGAUCGAAUCACCAUUUUUCUGUCCACAUGGAACGCGUUGAGGCGGUCUCUGGAGACGAAUGGUGAGAUCAAGCUACCAAAAGAUUACUGCCGCUCUGACCUGGAUCUGGAGGCUGAAUUUGAAGUCAUCCUUCCACGGCGACGGGGCCUGGGCCUCUGUGCAACUGCCUUAGUCAGCUACCUGAUUAGCCUGCACAAUCAAAUGGUCUACACAGUGCAGAAGCUCUCUGAGGAAAACAGCAGCUAUUCUGUAGAUACCUCUGAGGUUGCUGACGUGCAUGUCAUCAGCUACGAGGUGGAACGGGACCUGACUCCACUGAUUCUCUCCAACUGCCAGUACCAAGUGCAGCAAGGUGGAGAAACCUCACAAGAGUUUGACCUAGAGAAGAUCCAGCGGCAGAUCAGCAGCCGCUUCCUCCAGGGCAAGCCCAGGCUGACCCUCAAGGGGAUACCCACCUUGGUAUACAGACAUGACUGGAACUAUGAGCAUCUCUUCAUGAACAUCAAGAACAGAAUGCCACAGACCCCACUCACUAAUUCAGCUAUCAGUGCCAUCGGUGGGCAGCUACAGUCCUACAGUGACGCUUGUGAAGCCCUGUCUGUCAUAGAAGUCACCCUGGGCUUCCUGAGCACAGCUGGUGGGGAUCCUGACAUGGACCUCAAUGUGUACAUUCAAGAUAUCCUACAGAUGCGGGAUCAGACAGCUCUGAUCCUAAAGGCCUUAAACAGAUGUCAGCUGAGACACGUCAUUGCCCUCUGGCAGUUCCUGUCUGCACAUAAGUCAGAACAGCGGCUACGACUCAGGAAAGAGCUGUUUCGGGAGAUUGAUGUGAAGUACAAAGAGGCCCUCAGUCCGCAGCAUGCAAAGCUCCUUGGCACAUUCUUGAAUGAGGCAGGCUUGGACGCCUUCCUUCUGGAGCUCCACGAGAUGAUCGUGCUGAAACUCAGGGGCCCUCAGGCUGAGAGCAGCUUCAACCCCAAUUGGAGCCUCAGGGAUACUCUAGUGAGUUACAUGGAGACUAAAGAGAGUGAGGGCCUUCCAGAAGUGGAAUCCCACUUCCCAGAAGAGAUCCUCAUGUCCAGCUGUAUCUCAGUAUGGGAAGCUGCAGUCACACGAAAACAGGACCGGCAAGCGAGGUAGAGCAGCUCAACCUUCAAACACGGCUGGAAAGGAAGGUCUUCUUCCCCACCUCCCUUCACAGUCUCUGUGUGAAGGCAAGUGUGGGCACCGCACUGGAUUCAAGGCUUACAUACCAACAAGCUGAUGGCUUUUUGAGAGCCAACCUGUUUCUGGAACAUGGGCCUUUUCCAAAACUUCCUCAUAUAUGAUGAUACAAAACUGGCAAUCAACUGCUUCUUGUACAUCCCAGAAGAAACAAGACAACCACAGUGAGGCCAUUACCAAUACUGAUCCUCUGAAGACUGCCAGCCUCUGACCUCACAGUUCAUGGCCACCACUUUACUGCAUAGAGAGAAACCACGGGGCAGUACAUAUUUUUCCCUAUUCUUUCUGUACAUAUGUAAGAAUAUAUGUACCUAUGUAGUAUGUACAGAAAGAAUAUGUUUAUUCUUUCAAGGAAAACCAAGGUGCUUGUACAAGCUGUAAGGCCACAUGAACAAGAGCUAAUGUCAAUGCCACCAUGAGUCACUGCCAAAUUGCAAAGGAACAAAGCCAGACACUCAGUGAGAGCAUGAGACUGGGAGUGAAGAACCAUGAAUAGACUGGAGAGCAGGGACUACAGGCGGGUGCUAGAGCACCUGCCCUCCGUGCACAUGCCACAUCCUGGGUUCUCUCCCCAGCACUGCAAAUGGGGAAGGGGACAAACAACAAUAAAACAGACAGACUGAUGGCCAAAGUAGAUGCAUCUGAGUUCCCCGGGUCCCUCGGGACUAACCCUACUCCUGGCACGCACUGCCAUUUGCAGUGAUGUAAGAACAGCCAGUGUUUACAAGUGUUUCCUUCACAGAAACAGUAAACUUGAACCAUAGGGCCCAUGUACUUUGAGCUGUAGAAAUACAGACUGGCAAUCAGGACCACACCCAUGGACACAGCACCUCCAGCACGAGGUGGAUCUGGACCAUGCUCUGUUCUGACAUUCUCCUCAGAGCCUGAUGCAGGGACCAGACCUGCAGUAACAUUGCAGACUGUAGCCACAGUUAUGGUGACUCUCUGCUCCAAACUAUGAAGAACACCUGUCCCCAGAUGUCUGCAUGCCAGGCUUCUUGUGGGAUUGAUGCCUCACAGAGCUUCCCAACUUGGCCUUGGUCUCCUGUGAUACCUCAGGUUGGGGCUUAACUCACCCUCACCAUCAGAGGGCAACUCAGUCCCACAAUGUUUCUUGCUGUGAAGGCCUUUUUGGGCUUUGACCUAGGCAUUUUUCUUUCCUGUCAUGAAGGAUUUUUAAUUGAGAUGUUUUGUUUUAUAUGCUAUGCUUUUGAGCCUUAGCUCUCUAUGCUGUGCUACCAUGUCUGCACAUAAUAUACAGAUCUAAUGCCGGCAAAAGGAAAUUCCAUUAUUUUUGCCAUACUCAUUUUAAUAAAUUUCAGCUUUAUUGCUAA